AUGUCUCGACAUCAAAGAACAAAUGAAGACUCUGAUGAGGAAGAGUUUCAAGAAACGCAGCAUCAAAAACUACAAAAUAGUUAUCGUCAUGCUAAAGAAGAUCAACGUGAAUAUACUAUUGAAAAAAAGGAUCAACUUCGAAUGCAAAGUAAAACUCUUCAACAAUUGUCAAAAGAACGUGAAGAAUUACAAAAAGUUUAUAAACUAGCUGAGAGUCUUGAAAAUCAAAAACGUGAUGAAGAAAAAACAAAAAAACUACAACAGCUUGUGGGCGCUAAAGGUUUGUUCUUUUGGUCAUGUAGCAACAGUAACAGAUAUUUCAGAAGAACUGGUACACUCCCCUAGUUGAGAAUCCCAUAGGAUUACUGCUGAACAAAAACUUUGAAAUCUUUUGGAGAAUCAGCAAUUUUUAUAAACUAAAUCUAAAAGAAAAAGGGACCCAUAAGAGAAUUUGCAAGAUUACCAAACUCAAAUUGUGAAAUUUUAAAAAGUCACACUGCUUAACAAAACAGGACCAUCACGAGAGUCCUGUUGGAUUUCUUAUUUUCAUGAGAUCUCAUACGAGAGUGUCGACUACGGAUGGCAUUUUAGGUUUAUGUUCCUUUGUUUCUUAUUGUGGCUUUUUGUAAAA